AUGGGCCUCACUACGGGCGUCAUUCAGGCCAUACUGGCCGCAAAGGCGAAGGCAAAAGCCAAGAAAGCUAUAGCGAAAAUGGCACUGACUGGCGCAGCUGCCAAAGGUACCCUGAAUGAAGGAGUUGGCAUGGGCUGCGCUCCAAGCGCUGGAUGCACAAAGGUGUCCGAGCCGCUGAAGCCUCGUGAAGGUUCGCUGCUCAAGGUCGUCGGAAAGCGAACCAGGCAGCUCGCCAUGCAAGAGGCAGAAGCUCACCCAACUGGCGUUUGCCUGAUCCCACUAAGUGAGAUCGACUCCUUCGACAGUGGCCAGGCUGCAAAGUCUACAGCCCAGACCGAUUUGAGCAGGCUCCAGAAGGAGAAUGCUUUCCUGGCAGCCCAGCUGCUGCAGGCGAACACUGAGAUGCAGGCCUUGCGUGAAAGGCUUCACGAGCAGGACCAGGAGCUGGAAAAGACUCACGCUCAACUCCGGUUGAUCACGGACCA